ACACAUAAUCUCCAGUGUAAUCUUAUCGCGCCCGAUAACCGCCCGUGUUCCGUCUACCGUCUCUUUGUAUCUGACACUCAUUAACAAUGGUCGUCAACUCCGCGGAUCAACUGACAGAAGAACAGAUCGCCGAGUUCAAGGAGGCGUUCUCACUGUUCGACAAAGACGGCGAUGGCACCAUCACAACCAAAGAGUUGGGAACCGUGAUGAGAUCCUUAGGACAGAACCCCACAGAAGCCGAGCUUCAAGACAUGAUCAACGAAGUUGACGCCGACGGCAACGGCACGAUAGAUUUCCCUGAAUUCCUGACGAUGAUGGCCCGUAAAAUGAAGGACACCGACAGUGAGGAGGAGAUCCGCGAGGCGUUCCGCGUGUUCGACAAGGACGGCAACGGUUUCAUAUCGGCCGCCGAGCUGCGCCACGUCAUGACCAACCUCGGCGAGAAGCUCACCGACGAGGAGGUCGACGAGAUGAUCCGUGAAGCCGAUAUCGACGGCGACGGACAAGUCAAUUACGAGGAAUUCGUCACCAUGAUGACGUCGAAGUGAGCCGCCGGCUAGUGUGUGUGUAAAAAGCAGAGAAUUUAAAUAUACAUUUUGUUUCAUGACACACAAUAUUACCAUCGUAUUGGACCUGCAUUUCUCUAGUGUUUGCGAUAAAUUAAAUAUUGUCAUCGUUUCAGUUUAAUGAUGUACUACUUGUAACGUAUGGGCGCGGGCGGCGCGCGGCGGCUGACUAUCGCCCGCCGCGCGCCGCCUCCGCCUUCUCUUUUUAUUUAGAUUUAAAGUAUUCCGUUAAUUUUACUAUGUAAGAAAAAUUUUAACUAGCGGUACAAAGGGAAAACGAAUAGGUGUGCGUCGCAAUGUGAUGGUAUAAGUCUCGGGUUCGUGUCGGCUCAUAAUUUAUAUUUGUGUAUAUUUCGGGCGCCCGCCGUCCUGUAUGUGUGCGUGCGUGCCUCUGUUUGCGUCGCGCCCUAGUGUAUGCGGUGCUAGCGUCCCGCACCUUUCCGAUACAUUUUAAUGUAAAUUUUUUUCAAGUAUGAGAUAUUUAUAAAGUACGUGAGGAAUAAAAAUUUAAAAAAUCCCAAAAAAAUAUAGUGUACCCGGCGGACGGCCCGUCCGUCCGCUCCACUCCGUGUACAUUAUGAUCGUAAUAAAUGUUUAAAUUUAACUAACUCAGUAAACGAAUAAAUUAGAUUUAUUGGUACUGCAUUAACUGUAUCUGUAAAUGACUUGAUAAAUAUUAUAUUUCUAUUGUUGGUGAAACUAAUUCUAUCGAAAUGGAAAGUAAUCCGCUCUGUUAUUCUCUUACCACAUUUGAUUCAUUCUGUUAUUAAAUUUUACAAAAGACAUACUGAAAAUAAAUGUUUCUUCAUUUUUAGGUCAAUAAG